AUGUUAAUCAUAAGUGCUCAUAUCUUUGCCCAAUGUACCAUAGAACCGGAGAGAUACGCCGAGGCCAUGGCACCGCUGGAGCUGUUGUACGAUAUUCAAGUGAAGGACAACGAUAUUUCAGGCCAGGCAGAAACUUCAAUCAGACUGGGGGUACUCUAUCAUCUCGUGGCCCGUCACGCGGCUGAAGAGAUGGAGGCGUCCACCUUACCUCCCUCUCCCAAUGGAGAUGCAUGGAUCAACAAAGGUUUGAAGAACCUUCAGAAAGUGGUGGACGACAAUGAUAUGGAGACUGCCGUGGGCCUUGCGUUCAUGCCCAGUCUGGCCUUUCUGCUAACGGUCAUCUUAAACGUUUCAACACAGUCCGCACAGAUUUACGAGGAUAUUAACAAAGAGAAGGCAUGCAACCUGUUUCACACUGUUUUGGACUUGGUCGAGCACGAUGCCAAAACUCACCUGGACGAAUGGAGCCCAGAAGACAUGUACGAUUCAAAGAUCACUAAGUUUCAGGCGUAUAACGGGUUGGCAAACGCGUACUUCCACCUGGGCGACUUUGAGAAAACCGAGAAGAACCUCAACAACU